GAACGUCCAAAGAGCGCUGUGUUUCCUGCAGAGCUCAAGUCCAAAAUGAGUGUGGAGGAGCAGAAUGAGCGAAUCCGACGAAACCAAAGCAGCUCUGUGAGGGACAAGAGGAGGAGUCUGAUCCUCUCUGGAGGCCAGUCUCCAGCCAACUACAAAGUGAUUCGAAGGCGGCUGACAGCUCAUGAGAUUGACAUUAAUGACCUGGAGUUGGCAGUGCGAGGUCAGGGUCUGGAGUCUCCUCGGGAGGAAAUCGCUCGCCUGAGGCAGCCGUACCACCUGGACAUCAGCAGGGUGCUUCUGACUCCUGACAAGGUUCUGAUCCCGGAGCGCUACCUGGAUGUGGAGGACAGCCCCCCGCUAAGCCCCGAGGAGCAGAGGGAGAAGCAGAAGAAACUUGAGCGGAUCAAGACCCUCAUCGCUAAAUCCAA